AUGGAAGAAAUUAAAAAAGGAGAUAUAAUUGCUGAAGAAUAUGAAAUAAUCAAUUUAUUAUCACAAGGAUCUUUUGGAAAGGUUUAUUUUGGAAGAUCACUAUCAUAAUAGAUUGAGGUCGCAAUUAAAGUUGAAAAAAAUGAAGUUGCUCAUCUGAAUAGUUUAUAGAAAGAAGUUACAAUAUUGAAAUAAUUAGAAGGAAUUGCCUAAAUUCCAAAUGUUUAUUGGAAUGGUUACUAUAAAGGAAUGGAUGUCAUAAUUCUAAAUAUGCUGGGAAAGGAUUUAAUCUAUUAUUUUCAUAAAUUUAAGCACUUUUCCUAUUAGUGUGUAUGCAAUAUAGCCAUCCAAAUGAUUGAAAUUUUGGAGCUCAUCCACAAAAGAAAUAUCAUACAUAGAGAUUUGAAACCAGAAAAUAUUUUAGGAUCACCCGAUUCAUCUAAAAUAUAUUUGAUUGACUUUGGAAUUGCCAAAGAUUUGGAGUAAAAUAAAAAAUCUAAAGAUAAAUUAUCCUUUAUUGGGACAACCAGAUAUGCUAGCUUAGCUGCUCAUUUGGGAGUUGAAUAGAAUAAAAAAGAUGAUUUAGAAUCAUUAGGUUAUAUCCUUAUUUUCUUCAUUAAUCAAACAUUGCCUUGGACAAAUAUUGAUAAAGAAGAUGUAUUCAGAAUUGAAAAGAUAGGUUAAAUGAAAGAAGAAAUUACUUUAGAAACAUUAUGUAAAGGCCUACCAUCGGCAAUAUUAAAAUACAUGAAAUAUGUGAAAUAAUUAUAGCAUAAAUAGAAACCUGAUUAUUAAUCAUUGAAAAACUUAUUCAUAAACGAAAAUCAAAUAGGCAAUUGUUUGGUUUUUGAUUGGAAUAAGAAGGAAUUCUAAGAAUUAAAAUUAAAAUCCUCUAAAUCUUUAAGAUCUUUAAACAAUAUUCAAAUUAGUAAAAGUUCAUUUAAUAAUAAAAAUAAAAAACAAUUUCAAUCUAUUUCCAAUAUAAAACGAGAAAGCUACGGGAAGAUUUAAAGUAAAAAUAAUCAUAAUACAUUUGGUUAAAAAGAAUCCAGCGACGAGCGUUCGAACUCUAUAAAAUAAGUUUCGAAUCAAAAAAGCAUUUUUGUGGACUACUCCAUUAGUUACGAAUAAACUAAAGUUUCAAAAGUUUCUCAAUUCAGAUAGAAAAGCUCGAAAAGUAUUUUUGGUAAGAAACAUCAAAAAAGUCAAUAAUUAAAAGAAUCUUCAAUAAUACCAAUACAAUCAGAAUAAUAAUUAUAUGAACUGGAAGAAUCAGACUUAGAAAUUAAAUAUAAUUUAUUACAUUAUACUUCAGUGUUCUACAAUUAUAAAAAUCCUAUUUAAGAGUUUAAAGUAAUUUAAUUUAGCUGA